GGCGGCCAGGCUGGGCGGAGAAGAGGGGGUGCGGGCCAUGACUAAAGGCGUCGGGUGUGUCUGGACUCUCCGUCUGUCCCAGCAGGUGAUGGGAGCAUGAGUGAAAAUGAGGGGGAUCUCCAGCGAGAUGGGCUGGAGGCAGCCGAACCCUGUGGGACCAUUUCAGACUUUUUCAUGAGGGAAGCUUCUCCUCCAAGCUGCGACCGGGAGGUGUCUCGCCCAAGGCCAGACCUUCUCUCCCCAGAGACGGGGCUGGGGCUGGAGAAGACUUCUCGCUGCGGCUUUCGGAAGCGGAAGGAGACGGUGGUACACCAGCCGGCAUUCAUGGGAGAGAAGCCCUACAUCUGCGUCGAGUGCGGGCAGAGCUUCAACCGCAGCUCCGACCUGAUCCGCCACCAGAGGAUCCACACCGGGGAGAAGCCGUACAUGUGUGCUGACUGCGGCAAGAGCUUCAGCCGACGCUCCCACCUCAUCCAGCACCAGCGUGUCCACACGGGUGAGCGGCCCUACCAGUGCAAGGACUGCGGGAAGAGCUUCAGCCAGAGCACCCACCUGGUGCAGCACCAGCGCAACCACACUGGCGAGAGGCCUUAUGUCUGUGCCAAGUGUGGGAGGAACUUCUACCAGAACUCAGGCCUGCUCCGCCAUGCCAACUUUCACACAGGUGAGAAACCCUACAAGUGCCCCCAGUGCGGGAAGCGCUUCAGCGACAGCUCCAACCUCAUUGCCCACCAGCGGCUCCACACGGGCGAGAAGCCCUACAAGUGUGCUGACUGCAACAAGUGCUUCAGUGAGAGCUCUAAGCUGGUCAUCCACCGGCGCGUCCACACAGGUGAGAAGCCAUACUUGUGCCCUGACUGUGGAAAGAGUUUCAGCCAGCGCUCGCACCUUGUCCAGCACCGUCGCACCCACACUGGGGAGAAGCCCUACAAGUGUGCUGAGUGUGGGACCUGCUUCAGUGACAACUCUACCCUCAUCCGUCACCGUCGCACCCACACCGGGGAGAAACCUUUCAAGUGCUCCCACUGUGGGAAGAGCUUCAGUCGCAAUUCCUACUUAGUCUCACACCAGCGGGUGCAUGUGUGGUAGGCAGUGUCGCUAGGUGAAUUCUGGGGGUGAUCUAGGAUGCAGCUGCUGGUCCAGGCCUGUCCAAAAUGUGCCUAAGGGACAAGGGGGUGGACAAGGGUGUGACAACACCAGGGCCCCUGGAUUAUAGGCAGCUGGCCAGAGUAAUGCCUUUGGCCCAUGUUGCCCUUUUCAGUCAUCUCCUCCUCCCAAUGCACCUCAGGCAUGGACAAAAAGUGAGCAGGGGUUGCAGUGGGUAGUUCUGCAUCCUGGUACUAGAAUCGGAUGCCAUCUGCCACGUGGCCAAGGUGCAGAUGUUUCUCCCACCUCCCUGUGAGAGGUGGUUGCCUGGAACCCUGAGGAGAGAACGCAAAACAUCAGGUCUAUGGAAGCUCACCGUGCCAGCUCUGUGUCUCAUACAGCAGUCAGGAAGGUCAAAGCUAAGUAAAUCCUGCUGAGAAGCUGGAGAUUCAGCAUGAUGCAUAUACAGUGUGCGGGCCAGCUUGAAGCACAGGCAAAGACCACUUGGGUCUGCUUGUAAAAGGAACAUGUAGGCAUACCCCAAACCAGAAAGGAAGGCAUGCCUGCAAAGGUUUUCUGCAAAUGUUGCUUGGAUGGUAGCAACAACGGAGCUGCAGGAUAGGGACGUGGCCUGUUCUGAAAUCUUGGAACUGGUGAGGUAACUGAUGUAGAAAACUGUCAUACCUGGAGGCUUAAAAAAAAAUACUCAGAAUUAUACUUGCUGCUGCUAAGACUGUGGUACACAACUUCACAGGUGUAUGGAGGUCGCCUGUGAGUUUGUACUGGUAGCCUCCUCUUUCUGCAGAAUUUGGAAUCACAGAUAUGGUUCAAGUGGGCUGGUGUAAUCUGUGUUGCAAAAUGGGACAGAUGGAACAACAGGGUACUGGGACUGACCUGAUUCCAAACCAGUAUUUCUCAAGUCCCAUUUUGAGCAGUGUGUGUGCGCAUGUGUGUAAAUAACAUCUAUACGUAUGUAGUCACAUAUGUACGAACUAGCUUUUACACUAAGUAUACCUCCACUCAUGUGUGAGCGAUCAUGAGUGCACACGCUGUGGCAGUGGUCAAAACGGCCAGCUGUGUGACACUACACCAUAUCAAUACUUCUCAAAAUGCUGAACAUAAUGUACAUACUAGCAUUUCUUAGUAAGAAGCUGAGAGAAAUAGGUUUUGUACCAAAACAUCUGAAUUUUCACAUCAGGACAUUCAGUUUUACACUGAUUACUUUGUGUGUGUGUGUGUGUGUGUUUGUGUGUAAGAUCUGGAAUUGAAUUAUUUCUUUAUAUAGCUAUAUAAAAAUAUGUGGCCUCUAUGGUUGCAAGGAAUGACUUCUAAAUGUCACUCGGCGUAGUGCUCUCCCCCUCAUUUUACACAGGUACCUACCAGUGGCUGUUGUAGGAUGUACACCCCUCAUGGUUUUAACUACAAGGAAUCGCAGUGCAACAGUUUACGUUGUUUAUAUUUUUGGCUGUGUUGCUGCUGAUCAUUUUAGUGAUGAUACCCAACUAGUUUUGCUUAUCCAGCACUGCUGGAGCUUAGAAAAGAUUUCUGGGUUUGCAGUGUACUUUACUAAUCCUGCAGCUGGCUCCGUGGCUUCAGUAGGUCUCUGGUAGAAGGAAUGCAGGCUGAAGCCAGUGAAAGGACUGGAGCUGUGGUGUAGAAGAGAUGAAGGAAAUAACGAUGCUAAGAAGAUCCAUGGAUUUGAGCAGCUGUUGGCAGGGAUGCUUGUGAAUGGCUUGCUCUACAGAACUUGCUACUCUCCAAGGGUUGCAGGGAUCCUUUCUGCAAGCCCCAAGCCACUUCUUGACACUCUACUGAUAAAAUGUUUUGUUCAUAUAAUUUAAUAAAAAGGAGCUGUAGGGGGAGCAUGAAAUUGCUUGCAGCUCCUAGAGGAACAAGGCACCUUUAUGUGUAGCCGCUCAGGGAAGUUGAAGGAGCUUUCAGAAAUGGGAUGGGCUUUGUUUACAUAGAAACCAAAGCUUUCAAUGCAAAUGCACAUUUUUGCUUUUAGCUUUGUGUGUGGUUUUUUUUGGUUUGGUUUGGUUUUUUAUGAACAGCUUCAAACCAAUGACUUCUUGAUUUCUAUUCUACUUCUGGAAGGCAGCUUGGAAAUGUGAGUAAUGGUUCCAGAAGUGUCAAGAUUUUAAUUUGCUAGCAGACUUUCAGGAGGGAUACUACACCUCUCAGUUGGUCGGCUCAUUUUUAACUGAAUUCAGAGGUUAUACUGCAGUCCAGCUGUAGAACUGAUCAAUUUGUGUGGGUCUGACCCAAUUCCAGUUUAAGCUUCCUAAAGGAGAUCUACAGCACUAAAACUGUCUGUUUGGCUGAGAAGCCCUGUUUGCCAGGGAAAGGCAUCUUGUGAAUGCAGCUUUUCUCUUGGCAAUCUGAACGGAGUCGCUGUAGCAGAUAAAUGGAAUCGAACCCAGGUCUGCGCAUAGCUGAGCUCAACUCAAAGGGAAACCCUCUCACAUCGAGAUUCUCGUUUGAGAAGCCAGCUGCCCCCAAAUAUGCUUUUGCAGCAGUCCUCAGAGCAUUUCUUUUCCUUUCUAUGUGCUUUGUGAAGUGCUGUGUUACUUAACAGUGCUCUAUAAAUUACAAGGAUUGACAUGUGUUUAUUUCUAAGAUCUUUAUGAACUUAUUUAAAACUGUAUGCCAAAUCAAAGUGGCCUUAGGGUUCACAACACAUUGCCAGUGCAGUAGUCUUAGCGGCUAGGACUGGGCUGCUCACCAGUGUAAGCACAUUUCUGGAGUUCCUUUCCACAGCCGCUGUUAGUUUUCCCUGUUCAGUGUCACUUGGCUGAAAUAAUUCACUUCCCCUAGCCUGCCUGCCCUUUGCUGUUUGUGAUCACGUAGCUGGAGAGGAGGAUCUGGGCACCACCCUUCCUUUGCUGUUGCAGAAGUUACAGGGUAUGUUCCUCGUCUUCCAGGGAUUUAAUUGCUCUGUGGGCAGCACAAACUCACAAGCCAAAUUCAGAAGACAGAGGUAUGGGCAUGUGCUAAAAGUCAAGAACCAGAAGGUUUACUAGCUAGCUCACGGGCUUCCCUACCAGCCGUCUCCUCCCUCAGGAUUAUAGUGGGAGACUACUGGAAAAAGUGAAAGGUAAUUAGCUACAAUCAUUCCAGCAUACCAUCCCUAGCACAGUCCACCCCAGACCCAUGGUCACCAGCUGGUGCCCAGAUCCUCCUGCCAGCUGAGGGAGCUCUGUAGAAUACUGUAAAUUCCUGUUGUGCUAAUGGUGCUUAGAUACUACAGUGAGACUAUGGCACUUCAGAAAUACCUAAGAUAGACAAAUGGAUGAAUGACGUCUCUGAAAUAAAUUUUUUCACCCUAGUGUUCUCUGUUAUCCCUUCUUUCUUUCUUUCCCCCCAGAGGCACCUCCUGAGCAUCGGUUUUGUGUCCCCUGGCAGGACCAUGUUUAGAAAUCCAUGUGUCAUCCUUCACAGCAGGAUGAGUAUUAGCACAGCUGCUAUGCAAUGCAAAUAAGAGUCCAGAGGUGAGGGAUAUUCUUAGAAUUAGUCUUAAUCA